GUAAAAUUUUUACUCUUAAUGGAAUUAAAAUCUAUUAAAAAAAUAAUUUCUCAUGAAAUUCAUAAAAUUAUCUAAAAAAAUAUUUAUGGUGGUGGGUUGUCGCACAUAACUUUUAUUCCAGUUUUGUUAUGAACAUUUUUGUUUUAAAAUUCAAAUGAAAUAUUAGUACGUAUAAACAUUUUGACGGUAUAUUGUAUUAUAAUAUUUUAUCAAAGUAUAAAAUAAUUUUAAAUUCUGGUAUUUGCUAUAAAUACCAGAAUUAAUACCUGCUAUAGGUAUUCUGCUAUAAAUAAUUUAAAUAAAUUGUAUUAAUACAAUAAUAUUUUAAUUGAAUUUUAAUUUCAAAAUGAUGCCUUUAAAUGAUUUUAAAAAUCCUGAACUUAUACCAAUAACAAAUGUUAUUGGCCUAGCAUCUCAAAAACCGCUGGUAACAUUCCCAGAAAUGUGGUAUCAAACAUUUUUGUGGGCACUAUUUUCUUCAACGGUUGUUCAUGCAGUGGCUGCUAUUAUUGCAUUUGCAACUCUUCAUAAACACAAUUUUGGAAAAUUUUUUCCAUUGUUUAUCCUAUUAGUUGGAAUAUUUGCUCCUUUAAGCUCAGGAAUUGUUAGUAGUGCUAUAAUAGCAUUUGUGUACAGGGCUUCAAGUAUUCAAAUGCAACCACUUUAUGCCAUGUUUUGGGGAGUUGGACAAACACUUCUCUCUGCCGCAGUUGGUUUUACAAGAAUAUUGGCUACUUUAUAAAUGAAAAAAAAAAUCCAUAUGUAUGUACGUGUACAUUAUGUAUAUUAUGUAUCUUAUGUUAAAACUUAGAAACUGAGAUAAAAAGUUGACUGUUGAUUAGGAACCACAUCUGAUUUUUGAACACCUAAAUUAUAAUUUUCAUUGUUACAGAUUUAUCAAUAAAUAAUUUGAGAAUA